AUGGGUAGUUUUGGAUUCAUGUAUAAAGGACUUCUUGUUCAGACUCAGUUGAUCGUGGCCAUCAAGAUUCUCAACUUUACAUGUCACAGAGCUUACAAGAGCUUCAUAGCCGAGUGUGAGGCCUUGAGAAGAAUCCGACACUGUUAUCUUCUGAAGGUACUCACAUGUUCUAGGGUUAAUUUUAAUGGAAAUGAUUUCAAUGCAUUGGUUUAUGAAUUCAUGUCGAACAAGAACUUGGACGAAUGGUUGCACCCAACUGCAUCGCAAAAUACAGCGAGAAGUAAGUUGAGUCUACUUGAGAGAGUGAAUAUUGCCACCAAUGUUGCUUAUGCACUAGAUUAUCUUCAUCAUCACUGUGAAACACCGAUAGUUCUUUGUGAUCUAAAGCCAAGCAAUGUCCUUCUUGAUGAUGAAAUGACUAGGCAUAUAGGCAAUUCUGGGCUUGCCAAGUUCCUCCUAGAAGCAACACAUAUGCAACUAGCCAAUCAAUCAAGCUCUAUCGGAGUAAAAAGGUCUUUUGGCUACGUAGCCACAGAGUAUGGCUCGGGAAUUGUGGUGGAGAUGUGCAUAGCUUUGGAGUCCUCAUUUUAG